AUGGCUGCCAUGGCGGAGCGCCUCGCCCUCGCCUUCCUGCUCGCGGCGGCCGCAGUUGUGGCGGCAUCGGCGGUGGACACCAAGCUGACCAUGCACAACCUCUGCCCCUUCCCCGUGUACCCGCUGGUCACCCCCAUCGACGGCCUCCCCUCCAUCGCCGACAACACCAUCCAGCUCGACGGCAACGGCCGCGGGCUCGUCUCCUUCCCCUUCCCGGCCACCUUCUGGGCCGGCCGCGUGGUGGCGCGCACCGGCUGCACGCCGCCGACGAGCUGUGAGACGGGGACGGCGCCGCCGAUGACGGUGGUGCAGCUGGUCGUGCACUCGGCCGAUGCCGGGCCCGGGGCGGACCUGGCCACCUACAGCGUCAGCCUCAAGGACGGGUUCAACGUGGGCGCGGCGGUCAGCCCGCAGUUCAUCGGCGGCGGGCAGUGCCCGGUGCUCGGCUGCCCCGUGAACCUCAACGACGGCUGCCCCGUGAACCAGCGCGUCGUCGACAAACACGGCAUGGUGGUGGCGUGCAAGGGGGACUACGGAUACUUCAAGCAGCGGUGCCCGCUGACGCGGGUGGGCGACAGCGACGUGGAGCCCGUUCCGCAGAGGUGUCUCGCGCCCCGCGAGCUCAAGGUCAUCUUCUGCCCGGCCGCCAUCUGA